AUGGCCCAGUACCCGCUGGACAUGGGCAAAGCUGGCAAGACCCACCAGCAGGUCGUGGCGCUUCAAACGGACGCCACGGGCAAGAUUGCAUGGGAUGCAGUGAUCAAGCACAAGUCGGAUAAGCUGGCUGUGUGGACGCGGCCGGAAGACUCCCGCGAGAAAUGGUCGAAGCCCGAGGAGCUCGAGAGGCCGUCUCUGGAGAUCGACAUCCUUAAUACCGAGCGAACGCAGAAGGCCCUAGAGAUGGCGCUCAACGGCAAAAUCCAAGCCGGCGUGCCCAAGAAGCAGGAGCAGAAGGAAGCCGAGUUCAUCCGGUACACUCCGAACCCGGACGCGCCGGGCUACACCCCCAACUGCCGUGAGCGUGUCAUCAAGCUGGUCGAACGACCAGUAGAUCCUUUCGCGCCUCCGAAGUUCAAGCACAAGAAGGUUCCUCGCGGGCCGCCCUCACCCCCGCCACCAGUUCACCAUUCGCCUCCGCGCAAGCUCACGGCCAAGGACCAGAAGGAUUGGAAGAUCCCACCUUGCAUUUCCAACUGGAAGAAUGCCAAGGGUUACACGAUCCCCCUGGACAAGCGGCUCUCAGCAGAUGGGCGAAGCUUGCAGGAUGUUGCAGUCAACGACAAGUUUGCUGCGAUCAGUGAGGAUUUGUACCUCGCCGAGCGUAAAGCAAGAGAAGAAAUCAAGAUCAGGAAUGACCUGAUCCGACAGAAGAAGGUUCGAGAAGAGGAGAUUCGGGAGCAGCAGCUGCGAGACUUGGCCGCGAAGGCGAGGCAACAGCGUGCAGAGCUGGCAUCAGCGCCAGCCAAGGACGGCGAGGACACCAAGGAGGCCGACGACAGGCGUCAGCGCAUGGAGGUGUUGAAAGACCGGCAGAAGGAGAUUGAGAGAGACCAGCGUUUGGAGUUGGCAGGCAAGAAGAACAAGCGAGGCCGUGAAGAGGACCGCGACGUCUCUGAGCGGAUCGCGCUGGGACAGGCCGCACAGCCUACGAGCUCAGAAGCCAUGUUCGACCAGCGUCUCUUCAAUCAGUCGGCCGGAAUGGACAGUGGAUUCUCCGGGGGCAACGACGAAAAAGUCGCCGUUUACGACAAGCCCCUGUUUGCAGACCGAAGUCAGGCUGGGAUUUACAAGUUCGACAAGGAGCGCAUGGAGCAAAACGAGGGCCGCUUGGCUCACAUUGGCGCGACUGGCGGCAUGAAGACCAAGAGUUUCGCUGGAGCAGCCGAUGCAGACGACGUUCCGAGCUCCAGCGCGCGGCGCAACGCGCCGGUGGAGUUCGAGCGUGAGGAAGCCGAGCCCAGGGAUCGUGCCCAGGGCAGCGGCCGCGCGCGAAGUCGCAGUCCCAGAAGAAGUCGCGACGAGGAUUUCCCGCUGGAUGGUCUGCUGGAGGACACCACAAAGAAGAAAAGCAAGUGA